AUGACGGUGGAGGUCGCGCGGGCGGGGAGGCGCGACGAUCGCGCGCCGCGCACCCCCGCCGCGAGCGUCGACCGGCGCGCGGCGAGCCCCUGGACGGACGCGCCGGGACCCGCCUCCCCGGCGGGUCCCUUUGCCUUUCGCACGCCCGGCGCGACGAGCGCGACGAUGUGGAGCCCGAGCGACGAGCGCGGGAGGCCGACGUCGCCGCCGCGAGCGGGAGCCGCCGCGCCGCCGCCAUCCGGGAACGUGUUCACGCACGAGGAGAAGCACGCGCAGGCGGUGAGGGCGGGCGAGGCGCGCAGGGCGUCGUCGUUCACGGCCAGGGAGACGAUCCUCGACGCGGUGCGCCAGAUGAUGGAGAGGCGGGCCAAGGAGAGGGAACGCGACGGGCGCGACCCGCCGCCGGUGGACGACGACGACGACGACGAUGAUAUCGUGAAGCUCAGGACGUCGCGCGGAUCCCUGUUCUCCGUCGAACAGAUCCGCGAGUGGCGCAGGCGGGCCAUCGCCGCGCAGGUCGCCAUGCGUUGGCGCAGGAAACAACAACGCGAAUCCACCUGGUCGUUCGCGGUGGAGGACGGCGUGAGACACGUCCUCGGACUGGGUCCCGCGCCCGACGACCCGGACGACGGCGUUGGGCCCGUCCGUGCGCCGCCCUCGGACGAGGGGUACACGCGCCGACGGAGCGGAUACGCGCCGCACGUGCUCGCCCGCGGCGGCGCCGUCGCGUGGUAUCCGAAAACCAAACGAAAACCAAACUCAAAGGAAGCUCCGGGCGCGACUGGCCCUUUUGGCGACGCUCGCGAGCCGUGGGAGAUCGCCGCGGACGAACGCGACGCCCGUACGUACGAGAGGACGUCACGGCUCCCGUACGUCACGGCUGUAACGCCCGUAACGCCCGAUGAGUCACCGGAUCCAGCGCCGGAGACGUCGCGAGAGGAGCGCGAGGUGCGCCGAGAGGCGGAGAAGGAGCGAGCGCGCCGAGCCGCCGCGGAGAAGAAGGCCAGGUCCGCCACGUUCGUCGCCAGAGCCGUCUCCGUCGUGUCCGCGUUCUCGCCGUUCAAGAAGGCGGCGUCGUCCGUCGGGGCGUUCAAGGAGAGCGCGGAGGACGUGCAGGAGCUCGAGGAGCUGAGCAGGGAGGAGGAAGGCGCGAGGAUCAUGCGAGCGAUUACUCCGGGGCGAAACGGCAUCUUGGGCGCGCUCGCGGACCAGCGAAGGAGGGAGAGGGAGGCGAACAUGCCCCUCGCGAUGAAGCUCGCGGGCGCCGCCGCGGAGCAACGCGAGCGCGAGGAUGCGGCGCGCAAGGCGAGGGACGCGGCGGACGGCAAGGUCACCGCGGUUACGCGCGUGUUUCAAACCACGAGGGGUUGGAGGUUCUCGAAGGAGGAGAUUGACGCGUGGAGGGAGGCGGCGGUGGUGGCGGACGUUCGCAUGCGGUGGAAGCGUCGCAAGCGUAAAGAGAGCACGUUCGCGUGGAAACUGGAGGAGGCGGCGAGGGCGAUGCUCGCGAUGGGUCCCAACGUGGAAGACAUGCGCGUGGCGAGGGUGCCGGGAAAAACGCACUCCAGGAACGUCGUCGUGAGCGCAUCCAACGGGAACGGUAAUGACGGGAACGGUGACUCGUCGUCUGUCGCCGGGGCGUCCAAGGCGUCGCGCCGGUAUGAUGCCGCGUCCACGAGGUACGAGCACGUGUCCGACGCGAGCCUGAGCCGCGGGGCGUUCGUCACCGCCCCGUUAGCGCACAAGCUCCCCAGGGUGGACGCGAUCAAAGUCGCCGCGCCCGCCGAGCUCAGUCGCGAGGAACGCGCGCGGAUCAUCGAGGGCGAGACGCGGGGUUUGACGGCUCGAACGCGGUCGAUUCAGGCGAACGGGGACUUCAAGACGGCGAGCAAGUGGCGCGUCGCGCUAAAGGCGCCCACCGAUGCGCUAAAGUCCGACGUUCCCAUGGACGACCUCGAUGCGAGCCUGGCUGUCACUAAGGGCGGUGUGUACUACCAGGAAAAGAACCGGGAUUUGCCCCUCGCGACGGAGCCGAAGGACGACACAGACGUCGCCGCGCCCGUCGUGGAAAAGGACGACCCGUACUCGCUCGAAGGCCGCCGUUGCACGUGCGACGACACCGACGCCAUCGUCUCCGGUCCCGGCCGCGACGCGAGGACGCUCGCCAAGACGGUGCGGCGGUGCCCGGUGCAUUUCCCGUUUGGGUGGCACUCCGAGCACCGACCGCCGCCGCGGCCGGCGCCGUCGAAAACACACGGCGUCACCUCCGACCGCAACACCUCCGUCGGACUCGUCACGGCCGCGGGCGGUACCGACGCCGGGUACGUCAUGUACCAGACUUCUUCGCACUUCUACCUCGCGUCGCACGACUACUCGGGCACCAGGUGGAGGCUGGCGAAGAUUGACAGACGAGCGGAUUCGUUGAACGUCGUCGAAGAUGAAAACGAGUACACCGCCCAGGACAUCUGGGCUCUCAUCUUCGCGGUGCACAGGGGUAACGAGCACGCGGGUGGGUGCGAGGUUUUAGCGCGCGGUUCCGGUGUCGUCGCGUUCCUCCAGUUGUCCGCGACGAGGGAGGACGACGACCCGGCGGGGGCGGCGGCGACGUCGACAGCCGCCGCCGUCGCGCGAGCGCAGGCGCUUCACGCGGAUCGCGUCCUCCGGGAUAGGCGGAAAACCCGCGCACUCGGCGACGACGGCCGACCGCUCGACCGGUGGGAGGAACGCGGUGACGCGCCGUACGCCGGCGGGCACGUAGCCGCGACGACGAUGGACGCGUGUCUGGUCUUUUCCGGUGGCGACGCGGUGACGGUCAAUCGCCGGGCUCGGACUCGGUCGGAGGCGCUCGGCGCGCAGGUGGACGGCGGCGCGCUCGUCGCCGAGGUGCGCCGCGCGACGCGCGCGCUGAUGUUCGAGGAGGGUGCGGCGGACGGCGGGCGCGGAGACGACGCGCGAGCGGCGCCCCCGCUGGGGCACCGCGUGGCUCCCGCCGAGUCUGAGUUUGCGACGCUCGAGCCGGGCGAGACGCUGAGGCUCGGCGCCACCCACAUCGCGCGGCUCACCGUGGGCCACCUCACGUCCACGGAGCCCAUCCGCAGGCUGGGCAUCGGGAGGGACAAGGACGCGAGACGGAUCGGGUGCGGCGCGAGGAAGUGCGCGGGGGGGUGCCGCGGGGGCUGGAGCGGAGUCGUGGGCUGGGGCGGUAACUGCCAUUCGUGCGGCGACGCGGGAGCCGACGACGACGACGACGACGACGACGACGACGACGCCAAGGAACCGCCCCCGCUUCGCGAGCUGGCGCGACUCGAGAAGGAUGCCACCCUCGAGGCGUGGUUCGGGCGAUACGUGUGGCGGGGCAUGGACGACGACAGCGAGAGCGAGGAGGACGACGCGCCGUCCGCGAGGCUGAUCCCGGCCAACAAGGGAAGGCGGAGGGGAAGCGACCCGACGCUUAUCAAGCUGCGGUUCCGGCGGUACCAGGCGCACGCGCGCACGUGA